GGCUGUGCCCCUUUCCGGCAAUCUCUGGCCACCCCCAUUGGCCAGGCUGUCCCUCCCACUGACCCUGGGGCCCCUCCCACCCCGACUCCAGAUAAGGCCAGCCCAGGACUGCCUCACUGGGCACUAGGCACGAGGGCUGGAAUGGGGCCGCCCGGCUCCCCGCGGCAGUGGGUCUUGCUGCUGCUGGGGCUGCUGCUCCCCCCCGCCGCCCCCUUCUGGCUCUUCAAUGUGCUCUUCCCCCCGCACACCACGCCCAAGGCUGAGCUCAGUAACCACACACGGCCCGUCAUCCUCGUGCCUGGCUGCCUGGGGAAUCAGCUGGAAGCCAAGCUGGAUAAACCAAAUGUGGUGAACUGGAUGUGCUACCGCAAGACAGAUGACUUUUUCACCAUCUGGCUGGAUCUCAAUAUGUUCCUACCCGUUGGGGUAGACUGCUGGAUCGAUAACACCAGGGUUGUCUACAACCGCAGCUCUGGGCGAGUAUCCAAUGCUCCCGGUGUACAGAUCCGUGUUCCCGGCUUUGGCAAGACCUACUCUGUUGAGUAUCUGGACAACAGCAAGUUGGCAGGUUACAUGCACACACUGGUUCAGAACUUGGUCAACAAUGGGUAUGUGCGGGAUGAGACGGUGCGGGCCGCCCCCUACGACUGGCGGCUGGAGCCCAGCCAGCAGGAGGAGUACUACCUGAAGCUUGCUGGGCUAGUGGAGGAAAUGCACGCUACCUACAGAAGGCCUGUCUUCCUCAUUGGGCACAGCCUCGGCUGCCUGCACUUGCUCUAUUUCUUACUGCGCCAGCCCCAGGCCUGGAAGGACCGCUUCAUCGAUGGUUUCAUCUCUCUUGGGGCUCCCUGGGGUGGCUCCAUCAAGCCCAUGAUAAUCUUGGCCUCAGGUGACAACCAGGGCAUCCCAAUCAUGUCCAGCAUCAAGCUGAAAGAGGAGCAGCGCAUGACAACAGCGUCCCCCUGGAUGUUUCCUUCCAGCCAGGCAUGGCCCGAGGACCACGUGUUCAUUUCCACCCCCACCUUCAACUACACAAGCCGUGACUUGCAGCGCUUCUUUACAGACCUGCACUUUGAGGAAGGCUGGUACAUGUGGUUACAGUCACGUGACCUGCUGGCAGGGCUCCCAGCACCUGGAGUAGAAGUAUACUGUCUGUAUGGCGUGGGCCUGCCCACACCCAGCACCUACAUCUUUGACCAUGGCUUCCCCUACACGGACCCUGUGGGUGUGCUCUAUGAGGACGGGGAUGACACCGUAGCCACGCGCAGCACCGAGCUCUGUGCCCACUGGCAGGGCCGCCAACAGCAGCCUGUGCACCUGCUGCCUCUGCCUGGGAUACAGCACCUCAAUAUGGUCUUCAGCAACCAGACACUGGAGCAUAUCAAUGCCAUCCUGCUGGGUACCUACCGAAAUAGCACCGCCGUACCCCCAACUGCCAGCCCAAGGCCCAUGCCCCCUGAAUAAAGACCUUCCUUUGCUACUAUAA